GGAGGACGCGUGGUGCCUAUCUGGGCCGGCACAGGUGGUGAGCCCCACUCGACGCUUAGCAACAGCCUCGGACACCCGCCAUGAUCGGAGUCGUCCCCUGCCACAUUGCCGACCCCAACCCUCUCUCUCUCGGGCCAACGGCGUCCGCAACACCUAUGGCUCAAGGGAGCGGACAAGGAGCGGUCUCCCGUAGCGAACGGAGGAAUAGGAGGAGGGCAUCCCACAUCGGAUUCCUCGGCGAGCUGGUAAACGCAUCUUUUAGCAGGUACCAGUGAGCCCUUCGUUUGGCUUCGCCUCUUCUCCAUAACAUCUCUUCCCUGAGGAGGAGAUGUGUUCAGAAGAAGAAUGUGCCCGGAGAAGCGGAGGAGGUUCGUUUAGACAUUGAUAGAUCAAUGCUCUAGAUGCAAUUGCAUGCCACGACCGAUCAUUUACAACUUUGAAGAAACCCAAGUAGGAGCAGAAGGGUCCAUAAGGUUCAGUGUCGAAGUUACUCCUCUGAUUAGGGUGAUCAGGUUCAGAGGAAUUGACAAAUUUGUAGGACACAUUAUAUCCUAUUGAUUAUAUGGCUGAAAGGGAGAUUGCAGUUACAAAGGAAGCGCUUCACCAAUAUAUCAUCAUAAGAAAACUUCAUAUGGAGCUAGAGGAGGAAAGAGAAGCUUCAGCAACUGCAGCAAAUGAAGCUUUAUCCGUGAUUCUGAGACUUCAGAGAGAAAAGGCAGCAGAGAAGAUGGAAGCAUGCCAGUACAGGAGAAUUGCAGAGGAAAAAAUGCAUCAUGCAGAGCAAUCCUUGAUUAUUCUAGAGGAAGAAAUGCAACAGAAGGAAUUUGAGAUUUUAAUCCUUAAGCACCAAAUUAAGUUAUAUAAGACCAAGUUAUUGAGUAAUGGUAUUGGUGAUCUUGGAUCUGGAAAUGUUGUAACAAGUGAAGAUGGUGCUUUAGUGGACAAAACCGGUCUUCAUGGCUAUAUUAGCAGGAACAUCUCUUUGCCUCCUUUAAGAGUGGUUAAGUUGUGUAGUGAGACUGGUGGCAAUGAGAAUAGUCUCCUAGCAUUUUCAGAGCAAACAAAAUGGAAAAGGAUUGGUGACUACACGGACCAGCUUGGUGACAAGAAUAGGGAAACACCAAACUUGUUUUGGGAAUCUGCAACGGAUGAUUAUAAUUCUGAAGAAGUAGAUGGAGAAGUGAAAUAUGAAUCAAGUCCACGAAGAAAUGGGUGUCAAACAACAUCAAGUAACAGCCCACACAGUUCAGGAAAAGAGUUUUCAUCUUGUUCACGGGAUUCAACUCUGACUGGUGACGCAUUGUGCCAUUCAAAUUGUGGAACUAAGAUCUGUCUGGAUGCUGAAGGUGCUUCAAGUUUGCAUUCGCAAGCUGUAAAACAAGUGGAUACCAUGGAGUCUGUUGGGGAUAGCAUUUCACAUGAUCAAAUUGAAUCAAGGAGAAAUGCAAAUCAUUUGGCAUGUGUCCAUGACAUAUUUGAAGUCCCAGAAAGUGACAAAUAUCAUACCAGUAGAGAACCUAACAAGCAUUUCUUGGAAGAGUCUAUAAAAGAGUCUAAAACUUCUGUUGGCACUGAAGAUUUAGUGUCUCAAGAUACAGUAGAAUCCCCUUCCCGAGACAAUGAUUGGCUAGACAGGGUAGUCACACAUUCAGACCAUAGUAGUGGAAUUUCUACACCAACAAGCCAACCUGACAAGUUGUCUGCACCCACAAAAGCAGAUUGAAUAUGAAAAGAUUAUGAAAAUGGAAGAUUCUGAAAGGAGCAACGAACAGUUAAAGUUGUUGAGGGACAUUUAUGACAAGCUGAACACUAUAGAAUGUCACCUGCAAAGUUCCAGGUCCAAGAAGUGCCUUCAGCACAAUGAGUCCCAGUUGAUCUCUGUUAUUGAGGUAAGCUCUUGCUGCUAUUUAUAAUAAUUAAUGUUGAUAGAAGUGUCAUAGUGGAAGGUGCAUAGAGAUGUCCCAUCCUAGCCAUUAGAUAACAAUUUGCCACCUUUCCUGUCACAUGCCAUUAAAGUUGCAUCCCAAAUAAUAUGCUUAAUGUUUAUGAAAGAGGACCAAUGCUAUUCUUUAUUCUGCAAUAUACAUGAGAUUUUUUUUUUUUUACUUUCUGGUUGAAACUCCCUGAUUACUUGUAUACUUUGCUGAGGUAAACCACUCAUUAUAUACUAAUCAUCAUUUAUCUUGCAACAUCAGUUCAGAAUGGCAUAAUCUAAUGGUUGUUGAGAAUGAUUUUGUUGUUUUAUGUUUCUGAAGAACAGGCGUUCCUAUCAUUCACAAUUUAGUUAUGUUGAGCUGGUGGUCAUUCUGGCAAUGUUCAUUCUUCCAACCAGAGAUUAGUUCAUAUAUGAUGCAACCAUCCUGACUACAUGGUUAUAGAGGGUGCUGUUGUUCGUCCCCCUCCCCCCCCCCCCCCCUCAUUCAUGGAAAGGAUGAGAAUUUAGGGUGGCUCAUAUUUUUUUUCUCUUUCUUAUGUAUUAUUAAUAUAGUUUGGAGCCUGGAGUGCAAAUUAUAUUGGAAAGAUAUAUUCUACAUCAAAUACAGAUAUCACAAGAAGUUUAUAAUUGCUGUUCGGUUGAUAA